AUGGCCCAUCCAUAUCUAUAUCCGAAGGCUUUUCAACAGCCCACUGACCGCACCUGUUAUUGUGUGCAGGACGUAUCCUCUCAGCUCAACACCAAGCACCUCAUCAGGCAACUUCGGGCCGAGAUCAACUUCCACAAGGAGGAGGGAGGGAGAAAGGCAAUCCAGAUCAACCACCUCGAGAGGCAGGUCGAGUCAUUGGAGCGAGAGAACCGCUCGAUGAAGUCGGAGUUGGAGGCGAAGACAGAGGCGCUCGCGCAACUACAGAAAGUGUUCGACGUUCUGAAGAAUACCGCGGCGACAAGCGCAGCUGCAAAUGUGGGGGAGAGCCCUAGCAUACCUCAUACAGAGACCGUGGAAGCCACCCCGGCACCACAUCAAGCCCAACAAGCAACGCCCUCUCGACAGAGUGCAGGCAGCCAGCUCGACCAGGCAUUCUUCGACGUGGUGGUGUGGCCGUGGUGCAAUUGCGAGACCGUGCGGAAGGCGUGGUCGUACUGGGACGGGCCAAGCCCACUGAACAACGGAAACAGUCUUCGACAGGCGUACAGGAGGGGCUUUGCCGUCAAGUUCUGCAAGUUCACACCGACUCCACCCCCCGUACCCCACGACGAGGAGUCCCAGCCAAAAGAAAAGCCCCCAACCGCAAAAGCUAUCGAGACGAAAUUGCGGAAAAUGGAGGUUGUCAUAAAAGUCGUCGAGCAUUUCCGGAUUGACGACGGCAGCGCGGCUACGUCGACGGUCAUCGAAAAGCUGGACUCAAUUGUUAAGGACCACUCGAUCAACAUGCUUUCGGAGGGCAUCGUUCUCAACGAGGAUACUGGGAGGCAGCUCACGAAAAAACGGAAACUCGAGUCUGCAGAGGAAAACCGGUAG